AACGCAGCUGAAUGGAGCUUAAAGGGCCACAGAGGAAAGAACUUGGAACACCUUUCUGAAGGUUUAAGAUGUGUCUGACAGUGACCUCCUUACCUUAGUAAUAAAGAAGAGUUUUUCAACAGGAGCUUAGGAUAUCUUUACUCCAGCUUAUUAAUAUACUAACUGGAAUGGUGUUCUGACAACAGUUCUCCGUAGUAAAGUACUUACCCUACUACAGAACGGUACUAUUUUCUCUACUGAUAAUGCAACUCAAUGGAGGAAAGUAAUGUUUUGAUAAGCAUGCGUGAAGAUCGUUCCUUUCAUGUGCGAUACAGGAUGGAGGCUUCCUGCCUAGAGCUGGCUUUGGAAGGUGAGCGCCUGUGUAAAGCAGGGGAUUGCCGAGCUGGUGUAUCUUUCUUUGAAGCAGCUGUUCAGGUUGGAACUGAAGAUUUAAAAACACUCAGUGCUAUUUACAGCCAGUUAGGCAAUGCCUAUUUCUACUUGCAUGAAUAUGCAAAGGCCUUGGAAUACCAUCACCAUGAUUUAACUCUUGCAAGGACAAUUGGAGAUCUACUGGGAGAAGCUAAAGCUAGUGGGAAUCUGGGCAACACCUUAAAGGUACUUGGGAAUUUUGAAGAAGCUAUUGUUUGUUGUCAGAGACAUCUGGAUAUUUCCAGAGAGCUUAAUGAUAAGGUUGGAGAAGCAAGAGCACUGUAUAAUCUGGGAAACGUAUAUCACUCUAAAGGGAAAAACGUAGCUAGUGCUGGGACUCAUGAUCCAGGGGAACUUCCAGAUGAUGUGAAAAGUGCUUUACAAAAAGCUGCAAAUUACUAUGAGGAAAACCUGAAAAUAGUAACAGAGCUGGGUGAUAGAGCAGCACAAGGACGUGCCUUUGGAAAUCUGGGAAACACACACUAUCUUCUGGGCAACUUCAGGAGUGCGGUUCUGGCCCACGAACAGCGUCUCCUAAUUGCAAAAGAAUUUGGUGAUAGAUCAGCGGAAAGAAGAGCGUACAGCAAUCUUGGAAACGCCUACAUAUUCCUGGGUGAAUUUGAAACCGCUUCUGAAUACUACAAGAGGACGUUACAGCUGGCUCGACAGCUUAAAGACAGAGCUGUGGAAGCACAGGCCUGCUACAGCCUUGGGAACACAUACACUUUGCUUCAAGAUUAUGAAAAAGCAAUUGAUUAUCAUUUGAAACACCUUGUGAUUGCUCAGGAAUUAAAUGAUAAAAUCGGUGAAGGAAGAGCAUGCUGGAGUUUAGGGAACGCAUAUACUGCUCUGGGAAAUCAUGACCAAGCUAUGCAUUUUGCAGAAAGGCACUUGGAGAUUUCAAGAGAGGUAGGAGAUAGAAGUGGGGAACUCACUGCUAGACUUAAUCUCUCAGAUCUUCAAAUGGUUCUCGGAUUAAGCUACAGCACAAACAACUCCAUGCUGUCAGAAAGCCAUGUGGCAGAUAACAGUUUGAAUGGUACCAGACCGAGAGUAGGACGCCGCCACAGUAUGGAGAACAUGGAACUUAUGAAAUUAACGCCAGAAAAGGUUCAGAACUGGAACAGUGAGAUUCUUGCUAAACAGAAACCACUGGUUGCCAAACCUUCAGCAAAACUGCAUUUUGUAAAUCGACUAAAAGGCAAAAAGUACAAAAACGGCACCGCUUCCAAAGUUUUGCAGGAUGCCAGUAAUUCUAUUGACCAUCGACUUCCAAACUCUCAGAGGAAAAACAGUCGAGAGACAAUGGCAGAUGAAGGGUUCUUUGAUCUGCUGAGUCGAUUCCAGAGUAACAGGAUGGAUGAUCAGAGAUGCUACUUCCAGGAGAAGAACAGAUUCUCAGCUGCUUCAGUGGCCACAUCCUCUACUCCACCGAAAACAAUGAGAAAAUCCUUUUCUACUUCUUUAGUCUCACCCCACACAGAUGAAUUUCUAGACCUACUUGCUGUCUCACAGAGCCGCCGCCUGGAUGACCAACGCGCCAGCUUUAGUAAUCUGCCUGGACUUCGUCUUAAUCAACACAACAGUCAGUCAGUCCUGGGUCACCUCAUGGCAAGUAACAACAGAGAACUGGAUGACGACUUCUUUGAUAUAUUGAUAAAAUGCCAGGGUUCCAGACUGGAUGAUCAAAGAUGUGCUCCUCCAUCAUCUGCAAAAGGACCAACUGUGCCAGACGAGGAUUUUUUCAGCCUGAUUUUACGAUCACAAGCUAAGAGAAUGGAUGAACAGAGAGUCCAUUUACCCUCAGCUAUAAAGGGACCAAAUUCUAGCUGAAGAAGCAAACAGGCGCCUACUGUACAGUAGCAUCUUAAGUAUCAUUUUUGUUUGCUGGAAAAACACACAUGCCUUUUUACAGAAGACUGCAAUUAGUAGUUUUGUCCCCUUUCUAAUUUUUUUUUUAAUAAAUAGCAGCAGCAUCAUGCUCAUGACCAGUAGUUAGAGUUGCCGCUGCGCUUUGCAGUUGGCAGCUGCUUUUAGCAGUGUCCAAGAUACUGAUCACUGUGUCUCCCUCUUAACUGCCUCUAGUCUAUGAACAUUAAUAUGAUUUUUUUUUCCCUGUCAGGGUACUCUCAUUGCUGAUGUGUGGGUUCUACCACUGUCUCCAUCUAGCGUAAGACCUAGAUUUGUAUGUUCUUUUUAAAGGUAACUUCCCCCCUCCCCCAAUUUGUACCUCCCUGGGAAAAGGUCCUGUUUUCUUUUGUACUUUUUUUAAAAAUAAAAAAAAAUUGAGGAAUUAGCUUCAGUACUUAGUCUGUCUUUGCGUCUUCCAAACUCCGUUUCCGUAAUCAUUUUUAUUUAAACAAAACAAAAAAAACCAACAAAACCCUAGUUUUAAUUCUACAAUUCAAUACAAUACAAAAACAGUCUUUUCCAAAAAUGCUGGGGUUUUUUGGUAAUAUUUAGUUAAGUGUUUCCUGUAUUAGCGCAGUUUUACAUCAGAAGGAUUGUUUUAAGAAGGUGAACUUGUUUUUCAGUAACAGCUGCCAAUGCUGUGCUACAGGCUGUGUGGUGCGUGUCCACCACCAGUAGUGGUCCGUGCAGCAGGGAAGCACAGGGGUGGUAGGUACGUGGCACGAACUACCACGGACGUCAGGCAACUCCUGCAGUCAUUGAAUUUAAGAUGUUAAGAAUGGUAAGUGUAUGUGUGCUCCUUAUUACUUGACCUCAACUACUUCUCCUUCUCUUGCUAAGGAUGUGCUUGGGAACAACAGUUGUAACUCAGCCUUCCCCUCGGUGGAAUACCUGUACUGAGGUAGUUCUUGGGACCCCGAGGGCUAUACGUUGUUUUAAGUGUAGGUAUCUUGAGGUAGACGCCACUAAUUUUAACACCAAAGGUAGCAACCUGUUCACUUCAGGUAUUUAUAGAUGAAGUGAUGUAAUUUUCAAUUGAAGUAUUAUACCCCUAGAGAAGAACCUACAGUUAAUUUUAGCUUCAGAGUAAAAUGGCAUUGUAAGAACAGUUAAACAGACACGCAGGCUCCACAUAAUGCAAACUAUUUUACAGUUACUGAAAGUUUUACACACAUUCUCUUGCAGCUUUUUUAGCACUGCAAAUUGAUUUCUACUGAAACUGUCCUCCUGCUUUUAAGGAGAAACGACAAAAUUCUCUUCCAAAACCAUGUGUUACCAUCCAUUUAUCGUGCUGAUCUUCAGUACUUUUACUUAGUGCUUCCUAUUCCCUAUUCAGCUUUGAAUCGCCCUAAAAAACCAUCUGGUACAGCAUCAGCUUCUCACUCCUCUGCAAAUUACUGAACUAGAAGAAAAUCAACACGCUGUCCUAAAACUGAGCUGACAAGCAGCAGUUCUACUUACUUAAGAGUGAUUUUAAAGAAUAUAAAACAAAGAUAGUCCUGAGACUUCUAGUAGAGCUGUAAUUAAUUAGUCUUAUGUGAAUUACAUGAAUAUCAACAACUUUUCUUCAGGCUGUUUGACCAUUACCUGGUUCAGCUUAUGUUUGCUAGAUCACAGAGCAUCAGUGCUUUCCCACCACAGAGUAUCUAGUUUUACUCAAAACUUACUACACAAACUUGAUUUCAAACAAGCAGCAGCACCCACAGGCCUGUUGUCUUGGCCAGUUAAAGUGGUAUUAUCUUACUUAACACAUUUAUUUCGAAUUCCAGAAGUAGUACAUACACUCAGUCUCUCAGUUUUUAAACCCCCGCCUUACAGCUAUGCUUCCUAAUGCUCUGACCAAAGAUGAGUUCCCAUCAGCUUACCGAUGGUCUCUUGUCUACGUUCGAGAACUAGAGCAGAACUAGCAAGUAUGUGACAACUAAAGAUAAGACAA